AUGACGAAGGAGAUGUGCCACCUUUCUCAGUUUCAAAAGGGAUUCGUCGACCGGUGGUCUUUGCUACACAGCCAAAUAUUCAAGGAUCAGAAGCUCUUUGAGCCGCACAAGACUAAGGCAGUACAUAUCAUGUCAUACUAUGGCUUACCGUGGUAUGACACAGGCCUCUGGGGAGUGAGGCUUGCAGAGAUAAAUGAUGAGGAUCAUUAUGGGCGGACUCCUCUUUCACUGGCCGCGGCUAUGGGUCAUCAUCAUAUCUGUAAGAUCUUGCUUGACAAUGGUGCCAACAUGGGUCAUCGAGAUUAUGUCUAUGGUCAAACUCCAUUGAGUCAUGCCGCAGCAUAUGGCCAUAGGGAAGUUGUCGAGCUUCUGCUCAGCGAAGGGUCUGACUACGACGACAGCAGCAGUGGGGUUACUCCACUGUGGUUAGCAAUUCGCAGUGGUCAUCUAGACAUCGCGGAGCUUCUCCUGCAGGCUGGCGCAAAUCCUAACGCCUCUAGCAUCCAUACUGGUGAAGCAUGCCUGUCCCAUGCUGCCUCUCUUGGACACAUCAGAGCCGCCUACCUACUUCUAGACCGAGGCGCCGAAGUCGAUACACGAGACAAGAAUGGAUGGACUCCGCUUCAUCACGCCGUCAGCCAAGGCCGAAAGAAGACAAUCGAGUUGUUGCUGGGGCUUCUCAAGUCACAAGAACUCUUUAAACUCAAGAACAACCUCUCUAAAGACAAGGGCAAGGGCUCUUGGAUCAAUACCGUCUUGACAGCUAUCGUUAUUUUGGCAUGUUACCAACGUGGUGGCGAGUGGCAGACGCCCCCGGUCGGCAACCAGAACAGCCAGGCGCUGAACACAUGCUCUGAUGGUCAACUGCUUACAAACCGGGGCACCAAUCGACAAAAACACAGGUUGGGUGCAGGAAAGGAUGAGUAUGACGACAAAGAAAACAUCAAAGGUAAUUCGGAGAAAAGACCUCGUCGCUCAGAGCCAAACGGGGACCGUUUCGCCUGUCCAUAUCAUAAGAAGAACCGGGCGAGGUUUACAAGCGGACCCUGCAAUGGAAAGGGAUUUGAGAAUAUUGACCGCCUAAACUCAUCCAUGAUCUUUCAAUCGAUUGGCGGCGAUGUCACGCCUGUAAAAAGCGAUUCCUCCGCGAAGAGCUGGAUGGGCAUAGCCCUUGUGAAAGAAAAGACCUAG